CCCAGCGGCCGUACUGCUCCGGCUCCGCGCGGGGGCGGGCCCAGUCCGUGACCCAGCCCGGGGAGAUGGCGGCGAGGCGGCUGCUGACCCGAGCCCUGCGGCCGCUCUGCACUCUGGGGGCCCGGCCGCCGGCCAGAGCUCUGUUUGUCAGAGAGGGAAGAGGGGAUGGCUCCUGCUCCAUAACCCAACUAGACUCAUCAACUUUAAGGUAUCUGCAGACUGAAAAUCAUGAGUUGGUACGUCAAGAAACGUCUUCUGCUAAAACGUUAAUGGAUAUUGGAACUCGAAGGAUCUUCUCUUCAGAUCAUGAUAUCUUCAGGGAAAGUGUGAGGAAAUUCUUCCAGGAAGCAGUGCUUCCUUACCAUGCAGAAUGGGAGAAGGCUGGCCAGGUGAGCAGGGAGCUCUGGGAAAAAGCUGGACAACAGGGACUGCUUGGUGUCAAUAUAUUGGAAAAACAUGGUGGCAUUGGAGGGGAUCUGCUCUCUUCAGCAGUGGUCUGGGAGGAGCAGAUGUAUGUUAAUUGUACUGGCCCAGGAUUCAGCCUUCAUUCAGAUAUUGUCAUGCCCUACAUCGCAAACUAUGGCUCAAAAGAUCAGAUUGAACGGUUUAUCCCUGAAAUGUCUGCAGGCAAAUGUAUUGGCGCUAUAGCCAUGACAGAACCUGGGGCUGGCAGUGAUUUGCAGGGUGUACGAACGUAUGCAAAAAAGGAUGGAAGUGAUUGGAUUCUCAAUGGAAGUAAGGUAUUCAUCACUAAUGGCUGGAUGAGUGAUUUAGUGAUUGUGGUUGCUGUUACAAACCGUGAGGCCCGCUCCCCUGCUCAUGGGAUCAGCCUUUUUCUGGUGGAGAAUGGAAUGAAAGGAUUCAUCAAAGGACGCAAGCUGGAAAAAAUAGGCCUGAAAGCACAAGACACAGCAGAGCUGUUUUUUGAGGAUGUACGUUUGCCAGCCAGUGCCUUGCUUGGACAAGAGAACAAAGGGUUCUACUAUUUGAUGGCAGAGCUCCCUCAGGAAAGACUGUUUAUUGCUGAUAUGGCACUUGCCAGCUGUGAAUUCAUGUUCGAAGAAACAAGAAACUAUGUUAAACAAAGAAAAGCUUUUGGGAAAACAAUUGCACAUUUACAGACUGUGCAGCACAAGUUAGCGGAACUGAAAACUCAGAUUUGCGUGGGCCGGACAUUUGUGGACAGCUGCCUCCAGCUGCAUGAGGAGAAACGUCUGGACUCCUCCACAGCUUCCAUGGCAAAAUACUGGGCUUCUGAUCUCCAAAACAGCGUGGCUACUCAGUGUGUACAACUCCAUGGAGGAUGGGGGUAUAUGUGGGAGUAUCCAAUUGCAAAAGCUUUUGUGGAUUCUCGUGUGCAGCCAAUCUAUGGUGGAACCAAUGAAAUAAUGAAAGAGCUCAUUGCUAGAGACAUUGUGAUUGACAAGUAGGCACAUGGCUACGUUGGAGACUGCUUCCUGAAUCCUAUCACAAUUAAUACGGUAUUACAUCAGGCACCAGAAUGCAAGUAGAAGAAGUACUGUGUUUUCUUGAGGAAAAGGAACCAUUGUUAAAAACUAUUGUAGUUACAAACAUCCCAUUUUGUUACUGUAGUUUAUCUGUGGUCUCUAAUAUUUAAUGAAUAUUAACUUGUAACACUCUUUCCUGGUGGAAACACUAGGACUAAUUCUCUGAAUGAUUCAAAAAAGUCUGAGGCAAGAAGAUUGUAUGUAUUGGUAGUGAAAAGUAUGGUCACUUUGGAAUGUUACAAUUAACUUUAAAUCUUUGAAACAUAAUGUCAUUAUAUUAAAUCCAGUCCUAACUGUUCAGAAUUAAAUCGUCAAAGAAACCACUUUCUUCUUCAAAAAUAAACAACAACUGGGGUGUUUAAAAAAACAAAACAAAACACCAAAACCACAACUUUGGAACUACAGUGUUAAAUGUAACUGUAGAACUUGGACCUAUCACUGACUCACUGCCACCCCGGUUUAAUAAUUUAUCUUUUUGAGAAUGUAAUAGAUUUUCCUCCUAUAAUCAUCUGGCUUUUUGCAUUGCAUUCAUCUAUGAUGAGAACAAAUGAAUGAGUGACUUUCAUUUUUGAGCUGUAUAAUGACUUAAAAAAAUGUAAUAAGCUUUACAAUGAAACUCAAUGUGCCUUAUUUGAAUAUGUACUUAUUUUGUAUAAAUAAGCUUAAUAAAAAUUUAAAAUGCAAAA